AUGGGCUGCAACACUUCAAGCAAGUACGGGUCCCUGCGGGAAGACCACGCUUUCGAUCGCAAGCCUGUGAUUUCUAGGAGCUCGAAGCUCUCGCGGAUCGUCGCUGACCUCCUCAAAUGCGUUCUUCCAGGCAUCCGGAAGGGCCUUGCCGACCUCGAUACCUGUCUCCACCACGCUCUGUUGGGUCUUCGUAUCCUCGAAGCCGCGCUGGUGUGCUUCGAAGAGGAGGACUGCAAAAAGGAGACUAGCGACUACAGAAGAAACAAGAAGAGGAAGAAGCCUCGCAACGGAAAGAACGCCUACGGCUUAACCCUUCGCAACCUGAGCGAGUUCAAGCUGCAGGCGGGCGCCCCUUUCAUCCACCUGGACGUCGAGGAGCUGCAGUCUGCGCUGGAGAAGCUCGAGGGUAUGAUGGACGCACUGCGCGGGAGGAAGAAAGAGAUCGAGGAGAGACUGCGGUCGACCAACUGGUGGCGGAAGGCGUGGAGCCUCGUCUUCACGGCGGUCUUCAUUGGGGUGCUGGUGUGCUCGAUCGUGCUAGCCGCGUCGGUGGUAGCACCGGUGGCUAUCACCGCUGCGAUCGCCAGCGCUACUGCCAUGAAGGCGGUGGAGCCGUGGAUCAACUCCGUCUGGGACGAGAGAAAGAAGGCACUCGAAGACGAGGAGGAGGUAGUGAAGAUGAUGCGCGACGGCGGGUUCUCGCUGCUCGAGCUUGAAAGCAUUCGAUCGAUAGUGCACAAGUUAAGGAACGACUAUGACGCCUUGAACUGGGAUGUGGAGUUCAUGCUCCGCCUGGAGAGCGAGGAGGCCACCAUGGUCGGGAUGACGGACAUCAGGAAGAAGAUCGAGAACGGUGACGUGACAAGCGGCGUCGAGCGUUUGAAGAGUCAUGUGGAUGCGUGCGCUACCGCUAUAGAACGGGCGAAGGAGUUUCUCGGGAUAAUUAGAAGCUAA